GGCCGCGGGGCGGGAGGCGGAGCCACGGGGAGUGCCGCAGGUGGGGAUGAGCCAGGCGGUACCUGCGCCAGGACCCGAGCUGGCUCUCGGGCUGCGCUGCUCCGAGUGAAGAGAAACCCGAGGGCGUUCAUGGCGAAGUGGUGCGUCCUGGGGCAGCGACUGAUGAAGAAAGAUCCGUUGUCCUGGAACCCCUGAGCUGAAAGGGGCAGAGAGGGGCCAGCAUGGGCCCUGAGCUGUCCGCACCUGCACUGCUGCUCUUCUCCUGGCUCCCAGCAGGGUGUCUGUCCUUGCUGGUGACAGUUCAGCACACAGAGCGCUACGUCACCCUGUUUGCCUCCGUCGUCCUCAAAUGUGACUACACCACCUCUGCUCAGCUUCAGGAUGUGGUGGUGACCUGGCGCUUCAAGUCCUUCUGCAAGGACCCCAUCUUUGACUACUAUUCUGCAUCAUACCAGGCAGCUUUAUCCCUGGGCCAAGACCCAUCCAAUGACUGCAAUGACAACCAGCGGGAAGUUCGCAUCGUGGCCCAGAGGCGGGGGCAGAAUGAACCCGUGCUGGGAGUGGAUUACCGGCAGCGCAAGAUCACCAUUCAGAACCGAGCAGAUCUUGUGAUUAAUGAAGUGAUGUGGUGGGACCAUGGAGUAUAUUAUUGCACCAUUGAGGCUCCAGGAGAUACAUCAGGAGACCCAGAUAAAGAAGUGAAGCUCAUUGUCUUACAUUGGCUAACAGUGAUCUUCAUUGUCUUGGGAGCCCUCCUCCUCCUCUUGCUGAUUGGAGUGUGCUGGUGCCAGUGCUGUCCUCAGUACUGCUGCUGCUACAUCCGCUGCCCCUGCUGUCCCACCCGCUGUUGCUGCCCUGAAGAAGCCCUGGCCCGCCAUCGCUACAUGAAACAGGCUCAGGCCUUAGGUCCUCAAAUGAUGGAAAAACCCCUGUACUGGGGGGCGGACAAGAGCUCCCAGGUUUCAUCUUAUCCAAUGAACCCGCUGCUGCAGCGAGACGUAUCCCUACGAUCCAGCUUCCCACAGAUGCCGAUGACCCAGACCGCCGCUUACCCUCCCAUCACCAAUGGUGUCCUGGAAUAUUUGGAGAAGGAGCUACGGAACCUCAACCUGGCCCAGCCUCUGCCCCCUGACCUCAAGGCUAGAUCUGGCCAUCCCUGCAGCAUGUUGUCCUCCCUGGGCUCUGAGGUGGUGGAGCGCAGAAUCAUCCACCUGCCCCCACUGAUCAGAGACCUGCCAUCCUCCAGGAGAACCAGUGACUCCUCACACCAGCAGCAGCUCAGCCCCAUUCCCUCCAGACCCUGGGAUCUGAGGGAGGGGAGAGGGCAGCACUAUUACUCUGAUUUCCACCAGGAGCUGCAGCACCGGGGUUCAAAGCUCUGGGCAUUGGAGAGAAGGGGGCUGGACCACCCACGGAGUAGAAGGCACCAUGGCUCCAGGCUGAAUGGGUCACCCACACCCUGGUCAGACAGGGACAGCCUCAGCGAUGGCCCCUCAUCCAGCGAAGCAUCUAGGCGGCAGAGCCGCCCCCAUCUCAGGAGCCACUAUCGGGAGAGGCCUCAUAGACCCAGCUCCCGGGAGACCGCCCAGAGGCACGGAAGACGCAGGCACCGCAGCUACUCCCCACCGUUGCCCUCAGGCAUCAGUUCUUGGAGCUCUGAGGAAGAGAAGGAGAGGCAGAGACAUUCCCGAAGUUGGAGGGCCAGCCACCACCGCUCACACUCCCCAAACUGGCCUGAGGAGAAGCCACCCAGCUACCGCUCACUGGAUGUCAUUCCAGGCAAGAAUGGCAGGAAAAAAGGGAGUGUGGAGAGGCCCUCGGAGAGAGAGAGCUCGCAUAGCGGAAGAAGUGUGGUCAUUUAGUGACCAGGUACAGCAUCAUCUCCAUGGCUGCCUCUCAACUUCCGUGUGUCAUCCGAAUCCUAGCUUUCCAGUUGAUUUGGGAAGGACUCUGCAAGUUCGUAUUUAACCGUUUUGACUUAGAUUCUGAGAAUCAAAUAGAAGAAUUUUACAGAGUGUGGGGAAUUAACAACUAUGGGUUUAGCCUUGGAACCUUCUCUCUGCAUAUUGACAUAGUCUCUGACUUUUAAUAAACCCUAACAGGAGUGCAAUCUCUCAAGAACUUAGUAACCUGAGUGUUUAGGUUAUACUGCUCAGGACCCUGGCUGUUCUCAGAGUGAGAACUUGGGAAUCUUUAAGAUGACUCAAACAUGUUUUAGGAACAGGAAGUCUGUGGAGUAUUAUUGGGACAUUUUCAUGGGAACUUGUCUGUUUCUAUCGCAUACCUUAAGGGUCCUUUCAUGUUAGGGGUUCACCCUGCCGCCACUGUGCUCAGUCCUGAGCAUUCUUAAGGGUCCAGUCAGAGAGGGCACAUGGAACACUCUAGCCACCUGCCCUCCCAUGGGUUAUUAAGUGCAGAAAAUCACAUAGAGCAAUUUUGUUCUUACAAAUUUGCUAUAGAGCAUGUGUACUCGCUGGAGAGAGAGAGAGAGAGACAAAGAGGGAAUGAGAGAAAGCAUC